AUGAAUAUGUUGGAUGAUGAAGAUGACCAAAGCUUUCACGCUACGUGUGACGGCUACUCCCAUUUGAGCGAUGUCGAAUGGGAUGCGGUUGAACGAAUGGGUUCGACCAUGGGCAUCCAUGCUGUUAGCGUCACGCUAGAGGCUCUCAAUAGAGAUGCCCAACAUGCUACUAUCGCCAAGUUCAUUCAAAAUGAACUUGACGCUGAACGCGAGAAAGUAGCCUUGCUUCACCAACAAGGUUCUCAACAAGCGGAGUUGUUGAGAGAACAGGGUGCUCAACAGUUUGAACUGUUGAGACAGCAGCAGGCUGCUGCUGGCGGGUCGAUGCACUCGCGUCGACCCGAAACCUUGAAGAUUGACAUCUCAAAAGCGCGUCGCAUCGACGACGGGGAUAUGCAAGUUGCAUUUGCCCAGUCAAAUCUGGCAGGACGUGCCAAGACUUGGGCACUGGGGCUCAAGUUGCACGACCCAUAUGCGUUUGGGUCGUUGGAAGUCUUCAAGUCGCGGCUCAGACAAACGUUUGAACCGCCUAGAGCUGAGUUCAGGGCUCGAACCAAACUCUUGAAGCUCAAACAGGGUAAGUGUGAUGUGCACGCUUACGCACAACGUAUACGACAUCUCACGAGUUGUAUAAGUUCCAAUCCGGUGGAUGAACACACGUUGGUUUUGGUGUUCAUGCAGGGUCUUGCGGAUGGUCCCGUCAAGACUCACCUGUUCCGGCUUGAACGAGAUUCACUAGAACAAGCCAUUUCCAUUGCGGAGCAGGAAGACUUCAGUCUGAGACAGGCUCGCGCCAGCUCGACAUCAUAUCGUCAACCGAGACGAUAUGACAACGGAGGUCCAGAGCCGAUGGAACUCUGUUAUGUAGAGAGCGAGAAGGCUCGCUCUACAGGCUACAAGAAGUUGCAGAGAUGCAACAGAUGUCAAAAGACAGGACACUACGCUUACGAGUGUAGUGCCCCUCGUCCAGUGUCUCGCGACACUGGGCGUAGUGACCGUCCACCCAUGAGAAAGGGGCAGGGACUAGGGUCCGCUGUUGGUGCAAAGACGCAACAACGGGAUGAACCGUCAAAAAACGGACAGGAUCAGUAG